CCCCAGCAGAGAUAAAUUAUAUUAUGCUAAGCCUUGGUAGACAAGGCGGGCUCAUUUGAAUCGCCAUGAAGAGAAAGGCAGAAAAACAGCAAGGCGCAGCUCCAGUCAGUGCGUUCGCAGCGCGUAGGGCUCGACAGCAGGAGAGAGCAGAUAAUGCUGUAGUGACACCUCCGCGGCCUGUGGAGGCUGAGCCUGCUCGGGAACCGCCAUCGAAGAAAGCUCGUCGGGCAGUUACGAAAGAGGAAGCAGCAGAGACUGCCGGGGAGGAUGUCAAGCUUCAGAUAAGCCGAGUGAGCAAGAAGCCGGCGACACGGGCGAGUGACCGUGUCAUUGCAAAGAAGGGCCUUCAGUUCGCAGACGUGAAAAGUCGGGGGGUUAAGUCUAUACCAGUUACAGCCGCUGCGGAUCCAGUCAGUUCGAGCGACGAGUCGUCUGAGGAGCAAGAUGGCACCGUUGAAGACAGCGGUUCCGUUGAAGCAGAUGCGCUAUUAGGUGACACAGAAGGAUAUGAGUCUCCGUCUAAGCCUGCAGAAGUUCAGAACUUCCCACUUUCCAAAGCUCCACUGAACAAAAGUUCGGUGGUCUACAGCGGUCCCGACACUGUCUGCAUUCGUAUAAAAGAAAAGAUGAACCUUGCGUUGCUUGGACAGUACGAUCUGUGGGUCAAGCGAGGUGUCGUCAGUAUAAUGGGUGCCAAGCUACAUCCUUCUCCUCGAGUAUAUCGGGUCUAUGCCCCGUCGACACACUCCCUGCCAAUCAUCAAAUGUGUGUCUGGGGUUGAUGGUGAGGCCGAAGUUGAGAUCAAGUCUUGCCAGAGCGGGCUUUAUCGACUGAAGGACCUGUCCACCGUGUACCAGCGAAUAUGGAACAAGGAUGCCACCGUCGCAGACAAUCUUACACUGAAGGGACAUUCAGGGAGCUUCCGUCGAAGCUUUUCUAUUCUUCACACAUCUGCGGACGAUUCUUUGAAGAGACAUCUUCGACCUCUGCAUCUUGAAAAGAAAUGGAGCACGAGUAUCAAGGCUCUGUCCCAACGAGGCGGCGAUCUGAAAGCACUCGUCUGCGGACCCAAGGCCUCUGGGAAAUCUACUUUCAGCCGUUAUCUUCUCAAUCAUCUGCUCAGCCCCGCUCCGCAGACAGAGACCGGACACAGCAAUACCGAUGGUGUCGCGUUCCUCGACUUGGACCCUGGGCAACCGGAAUUUGCGCCAAUGGGCCAAAUCUACCUGGCGCACCUGCGAUCACCCUUCUUCGGCCCUCCCUUUACGCAUCCAUCCUUGCAUAAUACACAAGACGGCAAGAUCCUUCGCAGUCACUAUAUCGGAGCAACCUCGCCAAAAGAGGACCCAGAUCACUAUGUUCUUGCAGCAAUGGACCUAAUGGAGCAAUAUCGGUCUUUACUCGCCACGCAUCCUCAGUGCCCGCUCAUCAUCAACUACCCCGGAUGGAUCUUUGGGCAGGGACUUGAGGUUGCGACCUGGCUGAUCCGAUCCCUGGGGCUUUCGGAUGUCGUAUACAUGAGCGAGAAAGGGCCUGCGGAGGUUGUGGAACCGCUGCGACAAGCCGCCCGGGACGCCUCGACUUCUCUCACUACACUACCAUCCCAGCCGACGGACUACGUGAGCCGUUCCAGCGCUCAACUGCGGGCGAUGCAGAUCCAGUCGUACUUUCACCAGUCGCACCCUGUAAAGCUACAAAACCCGGUCUGGCAGGCGACCUCGAUGUCUCGCACCCGGCCCGUGCGUGUUGACUACGCGGGGCCACGACCGGGCAUCCUCGGCGUCAUGGUCAUGGGCUCUCGGAUCGACGCAACCUUGCUGCAUGAGCUAGUCGAGGGGUCGAUUGUUGGGGUUGUUGCAGUCGAAUCCAGCACCGCACUCGUGGGCGAGGAGGCUCAAGAGGCCCAUCUUGACCCGGACGAUGUCCACAUGGAUGAUUGCGACGCCGACAACGACGAGGAUUCACCUUGCAUGACUACAAACCCCCCUACUUUGGAGUCCCAUACCAUCCGCGCCUCUCCCAAUAGCGUCCCUUAUAUCUUCUCUGGGUCUGGAAGCUGCAAUCCGCUGGACCCGCGCGCGUCUCGCUGUCUCGGUCUCGCAUAUGUACGCUCCAUCGACCGUAACCGUCGUCAGAUGGAGCUGAUCACCCCGAUCCCGCCCUCGACGAUCCGCGACGCCCUCGAACACGGUGCCACCGGCAUCGUGCUUGUGUGCGGACAGUUGGACAGUCCCAGCUGGGCCGUGAGCGAGGAGUACCAUUCCGCACGGGCCGCCGAGAAGCGGUUCCAGCGGAGUCUGAACAGUAUAAAGAACAAGGGUCGGAAAGGAAAUUCGGCUGCUGCUGCUGCUGCUGCUGCUGCUACUGCUAGAGUGGGGGGGAAACCCGAUCCUGUGGCCGUCACGGCGCUUCGAGAACGGGUCCGCCAUGCAAGCCAUGGGCCUUGGAUGACUGUCGUCGAGGACACGAGGACUGCUGGACGGGAGCAGGCGUUGUGGAAGCUACGAAAGCUUGCAUAUGUAGAUAGCGAGAGCGAGACAUAGUACUAUAUACUCCGUACUACAAGUACGAUU